AUGGCGUCGUCCAGCACGUCGCGCGAGUACGCACAGCUUAUCGGCGUCAUGUCCGGCUUCAUGGCGUACGGCAUCCACUUUACACUAUUCGUGAUUACCUGGGCGCUCCUAUACAAGCGGCGCCGGUCAAUGCGCCAGGCGCGCUUCUUCCUCGGCUACAUCUCUCUGCAGUUCGCUCUGAGCUCCGUCGGGCUCUGGCGGGACAUCGUCGCGGAGGCCGCGUCGUACGUCGAGCACGGGCAGGGACUUGACGACCCGAUUCAGUAUUACAACGAGGGGUACAGCGCCCCGCCCGAGUGGGUCAGCGUGUUCGUGUACGCGAUCUGCACUUGGCUGCAGGACGGGCUGCUUCUGUAUAGAUGUUACUUUCUUUACGCUCGCAGUAAGAGCGUCAUCGCAAUCCCCGCCGCAGUCUUCUCCGCGUCCAUCAUCGCCUCCGUCCUCUUCGUCGCGCAAGUCUCCAUGAGCUCCAACCUCUACGACCGCAAGUCCGUCGGGCUGGGCAUCCUCUACUGGGGCCUCUCCGUUUCCUUCAACAUCAUUGUGACAUGCUUCAUCCUCCGGCGGCUGUUUACCCUCCGCAAGCGCAGCCGCGACCUCUCUCAGUCGUCUGGGAGGGUGUACACGGGCAUCGCGGCAAUGAUCGUCGAGAGCGCGGCGCUCUACUCGGUGACAGGGCUCGUCUUCAUCAUCUGCUACUCGCAGAACAACCCCGCGCAGUACCCGUUCCUCACGUGGCUCGGGCAGACGGAGUCGAUAUCGCCGCUGCUGAUCAUCUUGCGCGUCGCGCAGGGCCGCGGAUUUUCAGAGGACAGCCAGCUCACGGACACGCUCCCCACGAUCCGGUUCAACCACAACAACGCCGUCGACCUGCCCGAGCUGCACUCCACCACGCAAAACGCGACGACUUCCUCCGGUGCUGACCCCGAGACAACUGCAUUCCCACCUAGAGAUGCGUACGCGCUGGACAGCCCCUCGUCAUCCGCGCACAUCUUCGAGUGGCACGGGCUGGCCUCGAAGACGCGAGACUCAUACCCUUGA